GACAAAUUAACAAUUGAUCUAGUAAUUAGUUGCUGUUAAAUUCUAGAAACCUACACACGCAAGAAGGAGGUCGUUCCUGGGAUCAGUAUCCACUGCUCUCUGCACUUCUAAACACAAAGGAUAUAAGUCAAUUCUAGGCGUUUCAGUUACCCCGGUUAGACAAAGGAACAAAGCUUAUAAGGAUUCAUUGACCAGAGGAACUGGGAAGUCGUUCGGAAGCUAUGUGAAGAAAACUCUCAAAAUCCCUAAAAUCCCCCAUAUUUCUGGGAAAAGAGCUCCCAUUCGAAAUAGUUCCCUCAAGGAUGACAUCUUAGUGAUGAUGAGGGGCAAGUUCACCAUGAAGGAAUCAAAACGUGUGAAGGCUUCACUUAAAAUUCGAAAAUUGCAACAAUACAAUAAAGAUGAGAUAAGUAAGGAAGUACUACGUACAAAGCUUCGGCUGAUGUCCAUUAACCCGAUCUGCGCAACACACUUGAAGGAUUACCAGGAGAAGAACCAGAGCUUGUUCGACCUGCGAAAAUAUGCAGUUAAAAUUAAAUUAGUGAUUCUUGCCAAGGCAUAUGAUGUUUAUAACUCUCUCGUUCCUCAAAAAUCAGGUUUCCUUCAUAAGUCAUGCAUUUUUAAGAGAGGCCUGAAGUACCUGAAUGAAGACCUGGAGACUCAGCUCAGGAUGGUCAGAGGUCUCCUUAAUCAUCACCAGAGCUCGAAUUAUUAUUCUAAGCAUGUUUCGAAAAUCUCAAGAGCAAAUUUUUGGAAACAGGGACUCUCCAAAAACUAGAAACACCACACCUUUCUAUAUCUUUAAGAAAGCACCUGCCACUCGGGAUAUAUAUAACAAAGUAGCCUCAUCACAAGGCAGAAAACGAUUCAAAGACUUUUUGCAUCACUCAAAAAUCCAGAUUUGUAAAGCCAAUUCAGGCAGAAAAACCAAUGCUUUAAGGCUAAGAGAGAUUCAUAAACCAUUUCAAACCAGAAUAGAGUGACUAAACACCAGUUCUAAAUGCAAGGCACUGCGCUUCAAGCGUAAAGUGCCUCUAUGUGACCUUGUGCGGCCUUUCUAGCGCUCUAUUAGUUGAUUUCAUGACUCUUUCAGAAGACG